UUGAUUCAGAUCGCCGGUAUUGUCACGAUUGGCCUAGGACUUUGGCUACUCUGGGAUCCAGUUGCUUCAGAGUUUUUCGCGCUACAUUCAGCCCAUCAUGGCUCAUUUCGGAUUGUUGGAUGGUUGUUGUUGGCUGCUGGGGCUUUAAUAACAUUCGUCGGAUGUUGUGGUUGCUGUGGAGCAUGGAAAAUGAACCCAUGCGCCCUAUUUCUGUUCUUCCUCAUUCUCGUCUUAGUAUUUUGUCUGGAAUUGGCAGCAGCCUAUAUAGCCUAUAAUAAACAAGAAACAAUAAGGUAG